AUGUGGUUGGCGUUGUUGGUUUUCGAUCAUUUGCCGUCGGCUCGGGAGUUGGGCGUGGCCCAAGCCGAGGACGGCUCGGACCGUCCCAAAAAUCCUCAUUCGGUUGCUUGUUGGCCUUGCGAGCAUGUUCCGACUCCUGGCCUGUGUCUAUUUCUUGGCUCUUCUUCAUACUGGUUGGUUUUUAUAUUUUUGCGAUUCUUUAUUGAUUAUUUUUUUAACGUUUAAUUUAAAACAAAAGUAAUUUUAUAAGUUUAAAUGCUGAAGUUUUUCAUACACAUCGAGAAAUAUUCUCCAUUUGAAUUUAUCUAUUUUUUUCAGCCGACUCAAGGCCUCAAAUCGAAGGCCUUCAAACCUAUGAACUCCUGGAGCAAUACGUAA